CAUGAACAUGGGGACUCCGAGUCCCAGGAGCCCUGGUAGCGGGCGUAAGGCUGCCAAGGAGCAGCCGCCAACGCCCCUCAUGCACUUGCUGCCCCACAUAACGAUGUCAUGUCUGGAGCGACAUGCCGCCGGCAGACCAGCCAAGCUCUCUGACAUGUGCGUCCCUGUGGGCUGCGUGGACACAUGCUUGCACGCCCGCAUCACAACACAUCCUGUCUGUGUGUGUGCAGGUGCCGAAGAAAGCUGUCCCAGUCAUUUCUCAAGUUCGGGGUGGAAAUGGGGGAGCAGAGAAGGGACGGAGGGGCUGCAUUGUGGUGCUUUGUGGCGUGUGUGUUGUGUGUUCAGGACAUAGAGAAGCGCCUGCCUUUGCAGGACCUGCAGCAGAUCUUCUCGGCAGUGCCACACGAUGUGCCCGCAACCAUGGCCAUAUCGAGGUGUGUGGGCCGCACUGCCGCAUACAUACAUGCGUCAGACAGCAGAAGCAUUGCAAUGAUGUUUUUCUGCCAUCUCCAGAAUCUGCAACGAAGACUACUUCAGGGAGAGGUGGGAAAGAAUAUGAUAUGCCAAACUCACACACAACAGAACAGGGGCAGUCAGCUCUCCAUUCCUUGAUGCUGAUCCAGAUCCAAGGCGACUUUCCCUCUGCGCUCCCUCUCAGUCGUCGACCACGGCAAGUAAGAAAGCAGCCCUUCACUCAACACACCGCUUCAGAGUCUCUUCCCUCAUCUAGCCGUCUGUCUGUCUGUCUGUCUGUCUAUCUCUGUGUCUCCCUGUAGCUCGUGGAAGCAACUGUUCCUGGAGCUGACCCUCCAGCAGGAGCUGGAGAACAUGGGCAAGCCCGACUGGCCCAGCAACGUGGACAUCAAAGAGCUCACCACCCUCUGCCGCGCAUUCGUCUUCUCCCUCUCCCUGAACCUCCAAAGAGGCGCCAAGGAGACCCACGCAAAAGUGGUCGAGGUCAUCGACUCCCUGCCAAACCUCUGCAGGAUCACCCUGAGGUGUGCGGACGACAACAUGAGUGCGACGCCCAGCAGGGAGCUAGGGGUGGGCGGGCUGACCCUGCCCUUUGCGCGGAGCCUGGCGGUGUCGAUGCGGCGGCUGCAGAUGCUGACGUCGGUAAAUCUGUCGUCGAACCUUAUCAAUGAUCGGAUUGUGAGGGUCCUCUGCAAAGGUGGGUGGGCGCGUUGUGGGGGGGUGGGUGCGGUGGGUCCGCCAUCCGCGUGUGUGCGUUAUGCGUGUGUUGGUUCAGGUUUUGAGGGCAUCUGCACGCUGAGGGACCUUGACCUAGCACACAACAAGAUCUCUGACCGGGUAGGCGGGCGCGAUGAUUUCCAGGCCAUUCCUCUCUGAACCACAUCUCUCUCUGUCUCUGCCUCUCUCUCUGGCAAUGCAGGGCGCCCACUAUGUGGCCCAGAUGCUAGACGAGUCCACCACCCUCAGCACCCUCUCUCUCCGCGACAACCUCCUCCACGACAACGGCCUUCUCAAACUAGGCGCCACCCUCGAGCACAACAACUCCCUCCAGCGGCUCGACGUCUCCCUCAACAGAGUCGGCGACACCGGCGCGUCGGCCAUGUUCAAAGACCUGAGGAAGAACACAUCGCUCACACACCUUUCCCUCUCGUCCAAUGCCAUCACGGAGGCAUCGGAAGCCGCGCUGGAGCUGUUGCUGAGGGAGAACAGGACACUGGAGCACCUGGACCUGAGCGGCAACGGCGUGGCUGUGCCGGAGGGCGUCCCGACGCAGUGCAAGAUCGAUGUCAGGCGGUGUCUCGUGGUGCCUAGCGAGGAGGAGGGAGGGGAGAUGCAACAAGAGGGGAAUGGGAUGAUUGUGGCCGCUGAAGACGCUGAUGCCCCUGAUGCCGAAUCUGCUGGUGGUGGUACUGGUGCUGUUGAGGAUGCAGCGGUUGACACUGAGACAGUGGUUGCAGGUGGGGCCGCUGGCGGUGGGAGUGCGUGAUGUGUGUGCGUGGAGUGGAC